GAUUAUAAGUGUUACUGAUUUGUUCAGAUGAGAAGUUCCUCAUUUCAUGCAAUUGGAGAUCAUUUCUGGAUUUCACUCACAUGUCCCGAGGCAUGAAUAUCAUAUAGGCAAUCUUUGUGCGAGAUACGACGUCAAAAAGAGUUUUCAAUCGAAGGUUCUCUCGUUUAGUUCUCCACUCAAAAGCCUUGGUUGAUGAAAGUUGCGGAUUCGAUAGACGGUUUCUCAUUCUGUUUAGAAACUCUAAUAAUUCGCUUUGAAGAGGAAGAUAAAUAUAUGAUUUUCGAUUUAAUUUCGAUCAUUAUUUGUUCAGACUUCGACAUUUCUUACACAUUUAUCAAUCACUCUACCCGAGUUUCCUAUUUCAUCAAAGCAAGCAUCAAAUAUGAAUCCUCUGCCACACAAUCAGUCAAGUCUUGAAUGUGGUAUUCGAAAGAUUAUCGCGACUGGAACCAUUCCUGCCCCGAACGCGUAUUGGCAACCAAAUUUCACCACAUCAAUAACCCCGAUUAACUGUUGGUCUCACAACGACGAACAUCAACAAAUCCCUCUCUAUACCGCUCUUGCCGCUGGCUGUAUAGCAAUUGAAGCGGAUUGCUUCAUUCCUUCCUACUACAGUUCCUCUCGCUUUCUCACCUCAUUACUCUCAUAUUUCACAUCUUCGUCAAAACUUGUAGUGUCCGAAAAUGAUCUCCUCGUAGGUCAUGAAACAUCAGAGCUUAAUCCUGCAAAAACACUCUCUAGUCUUUAUUUAGACCCACUUCUGGAGAUUUUGACCCAACAGAACAAAGCUGCAGGAAAUCCAGAAAAGAAAGUAGGAGUUUGGAAUGAAAAUCCACAUCUAUCGUUACAUUUGACAGUCGAUUAUAAAAGCAUCUCCUCUGGACAUGAUGGAAUAUCCAUCCUCUAUUCUCUUCUCGAGCCUCUUCGAACUGCGGGUUUCUUAACUCACUAUGACUCGGCUACCGAGAAGCUGAUUUCUGGUCCCAUAACCAUCGUUGGAACUGGCGAUGCCGACUUUGAAUUGAUAUGCGGCUAUGAAAGCAUAUAUAUCUUUAAAGAUGCUCGAUUCUUCAAUUUCCUGUCUUCUCAAAAUCCAUUUAAUUCAUUAUACGUGUCGGGUAACAUUUCUAAAUCUAUUGGUCGAUUUUCAAAAUCCAAAGGACCUACAAAGAAGCAAGUCAGAAUAAUAAGGAAUGAGUGUAAAGAAGUGAGAGAGAGGGGACUGAUACCCAGAUAUUGGGGAGCUCCUGAUAGCGAGGAUUGGUGGCGAAUAUUGGUUGAGAGUGGAGUUGAGGUAUUGAGCUGCGAUGAUCUUGAUCGUGGAGGAGAGUGGUUAAGGGGCUGUAUUAUCAACGGGGUAGGAGUAGGAGCUUCAUGGAAAGAUGAUAUCAAAGAGAGUGAUGUGGAAGGUUGGGACGAGGGAUUGUUUGGAAGAUGUAUAGUCUCGUGAAAUACGAACUAAAGAGAUGAAAUUAGUUGACUACUUGAAAAGUAUCACGAUCACAUACUAGAGCAUAUCAAUAGAGGUCAAAUAACUAGAAUAAGAAAACUGAAGAGUAAAGAGAUCUUGAAGGGAUCUCUAUCUCUUGUAUAAAUUAUAUCUAAUAUGAAAUGGACCACA